AUGGGUCCCAAUGUGAAGGACAAUCCAAUGCCAAGUCAUGGUCCUUCAUCAGUGAACAAUAUAGAAGUUUGUCUCAAUGAACAACGUGUUACGAAGAUAGAGGAGAUUCGACAGUCUUUGGUUGAAAUUCAUUUUGUUUUAUGUGCUCAUGGUCUAUUCCAACAUGACCACCAGAUCUGUGGUACAUGUUCAGUCAAUUCAAGAGGUUGUAGAAAGAUUCAAGAUGAUUUGCAAGGCGUCCUUGAUCAGGGUUUGAUUCAGAUUUCUAGACAAGUGAGUUCUCCAGAAUCACAAGAACAAGAGGUGAAUGUCAUCAUUCCUUGCUUCAACAUUCCAGAGAAAGUAGAGAUAACUUAUCAUCCGAGGGAGCCAGUGGUGAUUUGCCCUCCGGGCCCAAUGCCUUACACUUCAGAUAAAGCGGUCCCCUACCGCUAUGCAGCAACUAUUAUUGAGAACGGUAAAGAGGUCGAGAUUAAAACCUUAGCCUCAGUUACCAAUAUCGCAGCAAAUAGCCGAAUGACGCGCAGUGGCCGCGUGUUCGCUCCGCCGGUUAUCCCAAGUAGAAAUGUUGAGAAAGAUCCAGUAGUCGUGGUACCAGUGACAAGAGAAGCAGAAGGGAAAACAAGCAAUUCAACCCUUGAUAAAGAAACAGAUGAACUACUUAGAAUUAUCAAGCUCAGUGACUACAAAGUGGUAGAUCAGUUGCUACAGACACCGUCAAAAAUCUCGAUUCUGUCCUUAUUAUUGAAUUCAGCUGUCCACAGAGAAGCACUACUGAAGGUGCUUGAUCAAGCCUUUGUAGAACAGGAUAUAACAGCAGAGCAGUUCAACAAUGUUGUAGGCAGCAUCACUUCGUGCAAUGGCUUAGGCUUUUAUGAUGAAGAACUGCCAGAAGAAGGAAAGAAUCACAACUUCGCUCUCCAUAUCUCAACCAAUUGUCAAGGGGAUUCUUUGUCUAAUAUCCUAAUUGACACCGGUUCAUCUCUGAAUGUCAUGCCCAAGUCUACCUUGGUGAAGCUAAAGUACAAAGGGGGGCAAAUGCGGCACAGUGGAAUUAUUGUGAAAGCGUUCGGUGGAUCAAGAAAAUCAGUCAUUGGAGAAGUUGAUUUGCCUAUUGGUAUUGGACCACAUGUAUUCCAGAUCACUUUCCAGGUUAUGGAUAUAGUGCCAGCUUAUAGCUGUCUGCUCGGACGCCCAUGGAUUCAUGAGGCGGGUGCCAUUACAUCCACGUUACACCAGAAGUUAAAAAUUUUCAAGAAUGGGCAAAUAGUGACGGUUAAUGGGGAGCAGGCUAUGCUGAUUAGCCACCUUUCAUCGUUUAGUGUGAUAGAAGCAGACGAAACGGCUGUUCAAACUCCAUUUCAGGCCCUGACCAUCGAUGAUUACAAGAAAAGUGAAGGUUCAAUCGCGUCAUUCAAAGACGCCCAGCAGAUUGUCAAGACAGGUCCUACAGAAAUGUGGGGCAAGGUGAUAGAGUUGCCAGAAAACGUUAACCAUGCAGGAUUAGGCUUUGUUGAUGGAAAACAAGUGCAGACUUCAGUGGUGCGACCUUUCAAAGAUAUCUUUCACAGCGGUGGGUUUAUCAACAUGGUAGCAGUUGAGGAGGAUACUUUUGAGGGAAAGACAGAAGACGAAGGCCCCAGAUUUGUGACACCAGGAAUUCUUGAUCGUGAUUAUCUUUUGAUUUUGCCACUUCUUCAAAAUCGCAUUUGCUUUGUUUGUGGAUUGUGGAUUGUUCUGUUCGUGGAUUAUCUUGGUUAUCUUCUUGUUGCACUGUUUGUGGAUUGUGGACACUAUACUCUUCGUGGAGUAUUUGGUUUGUUUACUGUUGCUAGAUUAUUAUUAUAA